UACAAUUCACAGCUUGCACUGCUUUCACGUGAUUUCCUCCUGCUGUGACGUCAUGGACACAACACUACUAGAGUUGCCGAUGGCGUGACAAAUGCAAUACCCAAUACUCGCGUUUUCGAUCAAGUUUAUUCAACUCCCGGUAGAAAAAAGCAAAGAUGUCCGUCGACAUGAAAAAGCUCACUGGACUUGUGGCAGCUACAUUUACACCUCUCACUGUAGAAGGGGAGAUUAAUCUAUCUGUGAUUAAGCCAUACAUUGAUUAUCUUACAAAGGAACAGGGUGUCAAGAAGGUAUUUGUAAAUGGCACAACAGGUGAAAGUUGUUCUCUUACUGUGGAUGAAAGAAAGCGUCUCGCUGCAGAAUGGUGCCUAAAGGGCAAGGACAAACUGGAGCAGGUGAUAGUUCAUGUUGGGUGUAUGAGUAUAAAAGACUCUAAAGAAUUGGCUCAGCAUGCUGACAGUAUAGGGGCGGAUGCCAUAGCAGUAAUCUCCCCUUCCUUCUUCAAACCCACUAAUGCAGAGGCAUUGAGGAUGUUUCUAAAGGAAGUGGGAGACUCUGCUCCAGAUCUUCCGUUGUAUUAUUAUCAUAUUCCAAGUAUGACUGGAGUCUCCUUGGAGGCGUUUGAUGUGCUUCAAGGCAUCGAGAAGAUGAUCCCAUCAUUUAAGGGAGUGAAAUACAGUGGGAUAGACCUGAGGGAUCUCGGAGAAUGUGUCUUUUACAGCCAGUCCCACAACUUGUCUGUCCUGUAUGGAGUGGAUGAACAACUCUUGGGAGCUUUGGCAAUAGGUGUUCAUGGAGCAGUAGGGAGCACAUAUAACUACAUUGGAUGCAUAGUAAACCAAAUGCUUUCUGCUUUUGAUACGGGUAGCAACACGCAGGCCAGAGACCUUCAGUUUAAAUCUAUGGAGUUCAUCACAUAUGCUAGAAGCCUUGGUUUUGACGUGGCUGUGAAUAAGCAGGUGAUGAGUGAUCUGUCAGGUUUAGCGCUGGGUCCUCCACGUCUCCCACUGCUGCCCUGCGCUGCCUCAAAGUCCCAGGAUAUAGCACAGAAGAUAAAGGAUAUCUUUUUUAAAAAUUAAUUUAGAUUAGAGAGUCUCACCACACUGUUUUUUAAAGGGUCAUGAAACACCAAGCUACAAUAUCUGAGAUUUUAACAGAGGUGCUUAUGCAGCACAUCACAGAAGACAGGGUUAGCAUUCAUUUUGUAUAUUUGUAGAAGAUUACAUUGUGUAGAUAUAAAAUCUACAUUGCGUCAAUGUCACAGGUUGUGACGUGGCGAAAAAUUAAGUACACGAAGUACAGGUUGGCGUAUCGGUGUCUCAUAAUUAUUUACCAGAUAGCGUGUCCUUAAACAAUGAGGAGACAUUUUGUUUAAUUAUUUAUGACAGCGCAUGAUUCUUUCCGAGGACAUGUUUUUCAAAGAAUGAAUCUAAACAGUGUUUGGCACCCUUGAAGAAACACCAGGGGUCUUUCCAAACAAAAAGAUAAUUAUACGGUUUCUGUCACCAAAUGUGUUUCAAACAUAGUUUCUACUUUAAGAGCUAGUUAGAUUGAAAUUUGCCCCGACUGUAAGAUCUCGGAGUACCGGUAGUUGAGAGAGGCAUUCAUAAGCUGCUAGUCUUAGUUUCCUAUGGUGUCAACUUGAUGAUAUUGCAUAGGUUUCCCCAAGAUUUUGGUGUACAAAAGAAACCUGUGGAGUGUGUAAACCUCACCCCGCAAUGCAAUCUCCGAUGUUAGAGAGCAUGGCAUUUAGUGUCCUUGUCACACUUUUGACACUCCUGAUCGGAUGAAUCUAAUAUUCAACAGGGCAUUCAGUUACAGUACCUCUAAAGGGACAUGAUGGUAUUCAACAAAUGUAUUUUUUUCAUUGUAUUUUAACUUUGCCUGCUUAAGAAAGCUUACAAAUUUUCACACUUCAUGUCUGAUAUUUGGUGAGAACACCAGUAUGGGUCACUAACAGAAAGUUGCUUUGCACUGCCGAUUUCAUCCCUUCUUCUCGCAGAUAUUCACACAUAUAAGUUAAGUAGUUUUUUAUGAUUCUAAGGUAGACUUCAUGACCCUUUAAUGUGUCUUUACACUAUGUUACUAUAUACUGCAUCUUUUAUACUUAUACUGUACUUUAUACUGUAUCUUUUUAAUGUUUAUAUAACCACAGAAAACACAAAUGUUCUGUAUGAAGUAACAUUUUCUAUCUGUACUUUCUGAAUUGUAUUUCACUUUUUUGGUGCUUAAUCAAACAUAACAAUCAUAACAGUCUGGGCGGCUGUGAUCAGUUUCACAGCUUCUGCUGUGUCACCAUUGCUUCCUUGCGCAAGAUACUUAGCAAAACUGUUUUUGUGUUUCAAAUGACAUUCCUCACUACAAAUGUACUGUGAGACAAGACAGUACAUUUGUUUUGUUUUUGAAGUGUAAUGUACGUACUGUAUGACAUGCAGAACAGAAUCAUGUAUUAAUAUUCUGUACUGUUUUUAUUAGACCAUGUGUUAUGUAAAACAUACAAACCACUACAUCCAUUUGCACAUGUAAACAGUUUUUAGAAUAACACUUAACAGAAAUAGAAAUUUGUAUUUUUCUGCCUUUUUUUAUUUCAAUGAAUUUUUUAGCAAUCAAUAAAAGACAUAAAAUGAUAUUCAAA